AUGUCGGUCGCCGAGAACUCACCAAUAGAUACUAUUGUGGGAAGUUUAGACAUUGAUGACACAACAUUCAACGUUGUACAACAGGACAUUCCGUUCAUAAUUGGAAAUGACCACUUGGUAAGAACGACACGUGUGUUGGACCGUGAGAACACAUCCACCUACUCCUUUACUGUUGCGGUAACAGGAAAAAUCAUCAGUAAUAUAACUGUUAAUGUAGCCAUUUCGGAUGUGAAUGACAAUCCUCCAGUUUUCAACUCAUCAGAGUACGUAUUCGGUUUACCGUCAGGAAGCACCCCAGUUGGAAGUGUCCUGGCAACAGACGUGGACCUGGGAGAGAAUGGAAAUAUCUCCUACAGCUUCCAAAAUUCAUUUGCUGCCAACAAAUAUUUUGCUAUUGACUCUCGGUCAGGGGAGAUAACGCUGUCUGGUGUCAACAUACCUUUAUAUCAAUCUUCAUUUCAACUUGGUGUGUUGGCCUCUGACAAUGGUGUUCCGAAAAUGAAUUCCUUCUGUUCCGUUUACAUAUCUCGGGUCACUAUUAAGGGAAAUUACACGGUUUCAAUUGGUACUCCAUUGAAGGAGGAUGUCCUGAGAAGUAGGAUACCAACUUUGGAAAGAGAAAUAGGAAAUAUAGUUAAUCUAACCAUCACAGCAAAGGUGCCGACGGCUGUUCACAAAAGGGCGACAACCCCACAAGAAUUCGGGGCAACAUUACAAAUAUCAGCGAUGUAUAAAAAUGGGACACGAGUACCAGCAAAUGAUCUUCAAAGAGUGGUGUUGGUUCAUCUGUCCGAUAUCGAGGCACUUUGGACUCAGGAAGCAAAUGCUCAUAAAGACAAUGACAACCACUCUAGCGUGAGCGAGAUAGCGUUAAUUGUUGUGGCUGGUGUGAUGCUUCUUGGAACCUUGAUAGCAUUGAUAGUACUAACCGUUAAGUGGAGACAGUUCAAAUCUCAGGAGAAGGUGCUCAGGCUGAAUGAAAGUUUGACGCGUCGCAGCUCUUUGUAUGAAUCACAAGAAAUCAAAGUGAGGAUUGAUGAUGAAACAUCCGACUACAAUGGGUCUCUAAAUACUCAAGAUUUGGAGACGUACGAAAAUGGACAUCGCCCUUUAGGGGAAACGAACGCCUUCGAAAAUCCAGUCUACAAAAGAGACGACUUUGAUGAAACAAAAGUGAAGGCUCAAGCUAUUAAUGAGGCCCUUUUGAGUCUAAACUCCCUGUCUGACCGACUAGAUGAAGAGGACCCAUUGGCGCCAAAACCGGACUAUGAGAAGACUGAAGAAAGUGGAUUAAAGAAUAAUCCCGAUUUGGAUGAAUAUGUAAACAGUGUAUGGACAGAAACCCCAGGAAGUACCGAUUUGAAUACGUACGACUCAGUGGAUAGUGCUAAAAACACGAACAGUAACCCGUAUGAGAAUAUUGAAUUUGAUGACGACUUCCCUAGUACGAGUGGUUUUGCAGGAUUAAAGAUCGAUGGGAAGAUGAUUACUAGUUCUGGUGAAGGACACGAGGAUGAUGUUUUUAUAGGAGAGGAGGACAACAACGAUGCAAGAUACGAAUCAGAAAAUGAAGACAUACCUGAGGAUGAACCGGAUGUAGACUAUCACCUGAAACAGGUGAGAUUCGCUAACAGAGUAGUUAACGCUGAUACAAACAUUGCAGAGGAACUGAAACCAGAUAAGUCUGAACUGGAGAAAGAAACGGACAAAAAAGUCGCGUCAACAUACGAUGACAAUGACGAUGAUGACGACAAAGUGUUUCAAAUUAAUACUGACUCAAACAACGAAUCUGAUUACGACGCUGACUUCCAGGUAGAUAACGCCGAUGCGUCGAUCCGAAUGGACGAGGAAAUAAACUCGCCGUUAGACUUUCUCAAAAAUGACGAUAACAACACAGAGACGUUAGAGGACAGCGGGACGUUUGUAUUCGGAGGAGAGGAAACCACAGCUUUGUAA